CAAAGUCACGUGGCAGAACGUUGUCUCCGGUCUCUACUGCUGUGUGACAUGAUGACUGCUGCAAUAGUACUCUUAUGUGUUCUUCCUCUCGCUGCGUCUUUAUCCAGCACUGAUAAAUGCAGUGGGACUUAUUAUCGGCCUCAUGAUUCCUGUGAACACCUGGCCUAUACGAAAUAUUACUAUGACAGUUUUCAAGGCUCGUGUAAAUUUUUUGUCUAUAGAGAAUGUAUUUAUAAGCCACAUUCAAAUGUGACCAAUGGUUACGGUAAUCCUCAUAACACAUUUGAUAGGCUCAGAGAUUGUCAAGACACAUGUUUUCCUGUCAGAGAUAAUCUCUCCACCAGCUGCUCCAUAACCACCUCAAAAACCUCAUCACUUCAUACUGCUACUGAAACUCAGUCUGCUACUGAGUCUGUGUCACUGAGCACUUCUUCUCCUUUAAUGAUGAGUUCAUCUCCAGUAAUGAUAAUCUCAUCAAUUGUGUCUGGAAUGUCUCCCAUUGGUUUUAUGCCCACUUCAACAUUAAUGCUUAAUCCAACUCAGUCUCUUACAGUUUCUGUUGGAAGAGCAUCAACUGAUGAUGGAGGACUCUCUUUUGUUGGAACAUCAACUGAUACUGGGCCCCAACUGUCCAUCAUCCUAUGAGCUUUUCCUCGUCAUAUUUGGUAUAAUUCUCUUUGUAAUGGUCACCUUUAUCAUCUCACAAUACUUAUACUUUGCUGUCUAUUUCUGUUUGGCUGCAAGAAGGAAGAGAUAUAGCAAUACUUCACUUCAAAUUAGAAUGUCCCCUAUCAGUGCUGUGGAGACUGGAAGGCAGCCUGUAAAUAUCUAGCUACAUGUAUAGCUGUACACUUCUUUAAUCGGACAGUUCUCUAUAUUUCAUUGCACACUACUACUAGUAGCUAACAGAAACAUUUAUGCUCCCAUUUUUGUGAUUGUUUCUCAUUAUGAUUUGAUUUCAUUUGGCCUUUUUUCACAAGAUAAUAAAUUUAGACAAAAUGCA